ACACACACAGCCGGCGACACCUUCGGACGGGCAAAUCGAGUUGUGUUUAUUUUUGCCAACAGGUUGCACACGACCGACACCAUUAUGUUAUGUGUCAACCGACAGUCGUCCGCGGAAUCGUCAAACGGAAACGGGAAAAAAAUUCAUCUCUCUCAGCUCUAUCUCUCCCUCUCUUUGUCCGUCUCGUCUCCGGACAGUCGUCGUCCGUCUCGUCCCCAUCCGCAGACGUGCGAUUGAGACGUUAUAAUUGUAAUAAUAUUUUAGUGUGUAAAUUACACGCAGCAGGUCGCCGCGACAACGAUCCGGUCUCGAGUCUGAGUAUAAUAUAAUCAAAUGGAAUAAUAUAUUUUUUUAAUUCGUGUUCAGAUCCCACACGCGUCAUAUAACGACCUCGCGAAUCGUACACGAUAUUAUAUCAUUAUCGUCAUUGUUUUUGUGUCGUUAACAAAAAAAAAAAAAAAACGCCUAUAGCAAACACGCGCCCCUCGGCCUGUGACAUCUGUUCGGCAAACACAAAAGAUUCGCUCCAACAAAACACCGUACACGCGUCAUAUCCGCGACGACCAAAGCUCGCGUGCCUAUAUAAAAACGAUACACCGAGUCGCCGACAAUACGUGUCGAGAUAAUAUUGAUAUUUGCAGCCUGACAUUUCGGUUCCUGGUCGUUUUUUCUAUUCCACUUCCGUCUGAUCGCUUCUUCAUAUCACCGCACGACGACCGAUGGCCGUCGACGGGAAAAACGCUUCCGGCCGGCUCGCCGCCGCGACCGUCCUCUGGCUGCUCGUCGCGAUCUUCGCUAACCAGAAUUAUGUAAACUGUGAAGGAGAACAGCAACAACAAGAAUUCGAUCAACGCUUUCAACAGCAACAACAACAACAGCAACAACAACAACAAUUUCAACCUUUACGACAACAACAGCAGCAACCACCAUCAACACAACUUCCACAACUACCACUGCCAAUGCCACAACUACCACUACCAAUGCCACAGCCACAACUACCUCAAAAUCAGCCACAAGGACUACAACAGCAACCACCUCCAAGUCAACAAAUAGAACUACCACAACCACUUGGAACAUUGGGUCCAAUAAUGAAUAAUAAUGCAAAUGAUAUGCAAUCAAACAUAAAUCGAUUGUCUGAACAAUCAGAUAAUCCUGAUUUCGGAUCCAUGCCAAUAACACAAACACAACAAACACCAAGCAAUGCCGGAGCUCCAUCGAAUAUGCUGGGUGGUGGACGAAUACCGUCGUUUUCUGGUGGUCCAUCCAUGGCUCCCGUUAACCAGGCUGGUGGUCCAUCACAGGCGCCAAGCUUCGAUGAAACUAACUCAUAUCAAGAAACAAACCCACAGUUUUCCUCAAACUCGCCAUUUGAGUCGAACCCCAACCCUAACCCUAACCCUAACCCUAAUCCUAACCCUAAUCCUAACCCUAACACUAACCCGCAACCAGGCCAAAAUCUAUGGAGGCCACCGCCCCCACGUGUUAACAAACCGACAAAUAACGCGCAAGGCCCUAUGAUUAACCUUCAACAAAAAUACCCGGAACAAAAUUUGCAACAGAAACCAAAUAUGAUGUCGGUUCCGUCACGUAUACAAUAUCCACAGAAUCGUUACCCUGGGACACCCCAUGGGCCACAAAUGGGUCAACAGAUCCAGUCACAGAUCCCGAGACCAUACCAGCCACAAUUUUAUUACAAUAGCAAUGCUGACAACAUGUACGAAGUUCCGGUGUCAACCAAUCCACCUGCAGGUUAUCCAGGACAGUCGCUCUCAAACACGAACUUUGGAGACAUGAUGCAGCCCCCACAGAUGGUCACUAAUAUGAUGCAGGAAAACCCGUUGGAUCUAAUGCAGAAGCCGGUCGGUAUGUUUAUCAACUCGGUCGAAAAGCUGGGCAAGUACGGCGAGGGAGUACAGGAGGGCUUAACCAACGUGUUGAGGGAGGUGGUCACCAAAAUAUUUGACCAAGGACAGUCGGGGGUGCGUAAAAUGUUUGACAUCGGCUUGCAAGGAUCCAACGCCGCCAUAGACAUCGGCCGAAGAAUUUUGAUUCCGAAUUCCAAGAAUCCGCAGGUGGGCGAUUCCAGUCACAGGUAUAACACGCCGCAGCUGAGCAUGCCGUCGGGCUACGGCUUCAACCCCAAUCAGCCGCCCUCGACCCACAUGGGUUAUCCUAUGCAGCCUCACGCAGGGUCAGGGCAGUUCGCGGGUGGAAACGGUAACGGUCAACUGUCCCCCGCACAGGGCACUGUUCCGCAAAAUGAGUACCCACAACAGAGGACAGGGCCGAACUACGACAUGAGUAACCCCAUUAACAGCCCGCAGCCAAUCGUCCGCUACGGUCAGGGCUAAGGGCACUCACGUGGUGCCGAGUGUUCCCAAGCCACCAUUAGCCUCGGCCUUUUAAAAUAUUAUCCUCUCCGUAUAUCCCCACUCGUACACAUACACGUCACUAUACUUUAUAAUAUAAGACGUAUACUUACAUUAUUAUUUAUUAUCAGUAGGGCUGGGAUUUUAAUUUCCUAAACAAAAUGCAAAAAUAUUUACUUGAAACUAUAUACCUAUUCGAAAAAUGGAUUGAUUAGAGCUUAGGAUGUAGUAAAAAUAUGUUUAAUGAGUAUUUUUUUUAAAUUAUAAGUUCACACUGCAUCUAGAUAUAGGUUAGGCGGUAAUGCAAAAAAUGAAAAAUUUUCUUAUUCUGCUUAUUUUGUACUAUUUUUUGUAGACAUUAGAACGGCGGUCAACGAGUGUUUCAUAUUAUGUAGGUACCUGUAGAUAUUCCUACCUACCGAUAUUAUGGUUUAAAAUACAACGAUAAAUAAUUUAUACAAUUAUAAUUUGUAUAUAGGUAAUUAUACAAUUAUUGUAUAAUUAUUUGUGAAAAAUUAAUUACAAACAUCAAAGAUUCCCUUAAGCGUCGAAUUCCGUCAAAUUUGUCGAACAAUGCGAAUUAAAAAUUUAAUAAAAUGGAACUAGAAUUACGUAAAGCACAUUUUCCACUUGUUUUACAGCAUCAGAUAAAAAAAAAAAAAUGACGUAUAAUUAUAUCAAAAUCUCAGCCCUAAUAAUUACGUACCUACUAUCGACUCCACCUCGCGGCUAUAGAAUAUUCAAUAGGCACCUGUUAUUUACAGCGUACCUAGUUUCAAUUAUUAUUGUUAUUAUUAUUAUUAUAUUUUAGAAUAGGUAUGCACCAGGUGAUAAUAUAAUAUGUACAUACAAUUGUGUCCGAAAUGAAAUUAAAACAUUGUAGAAAUGUAAAAAAGCACAUUAUGAUAAUAAUGCUACAGACUAAUAAAUUCGCUUAUGGCUCUAUAGUAUUUUUUGUUCCGAAACUAUUAAAUGUUCAUUUAAAUAGGUACCACAAUUUUUACAGCGUUUAUUUCAAUCGUUAGUAAAAAGCAAUUAUUUUUUCCUUCACUAAAUUAUGAAACAAAAGUAACCUUUCUAUGAAUUAGCUGCAUGUUCUGCAAGAGUUAAUUUUAAUUAUGAACACAAUAAUGAUGUGGCCAUGUGGGUACCAUGUGCCUAAGUAUUAUUACUUUUAUAAGAUGAUACACAAAAUAUGUAACUAUAAUAGGUAAUUAGUAUAAAGUAAAGCCGGUGUGGUGUGUAUUAAAUAUAUUUAUUCAUAGUAAAUAAUAAUUACAAUUUUUAAUUUGAAAACAUAAUAGGACUUUGGGAGCACAUUUUGAUUGCACUGUGAUUAAUUAGAUUUUAGAAGGAAGUAGCAGAGACGCAGAGUAUAAUAAUAAUAAUAAUUGUUAUUUGGUCAACCAUAAAAUAUACAAUUUAUAAUACA